UGUCAGAUCAUACAAUCGAUAGUAUGCCUCUAUUCAAGAUACUUCUAUUUAUUAAUGAGUAGCUCAAGAAUUUUUAAAGGCAAAACCAAAAUUCACAAAUUGUUGCAUGGUACCCUAUCUGUAGGAAACACCGUUGUAGUUGCUUUUAAGACAAACCUCACAGCAAUGGCGAUAUUUGUAUGGAAAUUUGAGGAAAAAUACUUAGAUUUUGUGCCAAACUUUUGAUAAUGAGAUUCUCUAUCAAUUAAUCUUCUGAAGAUCUUAAGACCAUAGCUGUAUAUUGAAGUAAACUAAAUCUUCAAAGGCCUUCUUCUCAAUUUGCGGUGUUUGUAAAAUUAGUACGGGAAUUUCAAACCUAGCCAAAUAAGAGUACAAAGUAUAGAAAAAUUAAACUUGGAGUUGAUGAGAUCAUCCAGAAAUGAUAUCAAUUUCUAAAAUGCCACGAGUGAUCUUAUCUUGAAUAACGCUCACUCUACUAUGCGAAGUCUAAGACAUCAUUCGGCUCAGAUUUUCCCAUUUCCAAGCUCAUUUUCCAAAGUUG